AUGUUCAAGCUAACGAUGCUGAUGGGCCUGGCCCUCAUCCUGGCUCCAUCCACGAUCCAGGCCAAAUCCCUGUGCCGCAGCAGCGGCUACUUCGCCCAAGUGGAUAACACACCCAACUUCUACGCCUGCCAGUCCACCGGCCACGGUGGCUACACCAUGCGCCACCUGCGCUGCCCCGCUGGCCUGGUCUUCAGCUCCUCGAUGGCCCAGUGCGUCCAGUCCAUCUCCGCGUUUGAGGCUCGCGACGAUAGCAACAUCGAGAACCCCACCAUUCCGCCGAACAACCUGGAUGACAGCACCACUGCUGCCUCCACCACCGAGAAACCAGCUACCGAGGCACCUAGCACCACCGAAGCACCUAGCACCACCGAGGCUCCUGCCACCACCGAGAAACCAGCUACCGAGGCACCUAGCACCACCGAGGCAGCCAGCACCACCGAGGCAGCCAGCACCACCGAGGCAGCCAGCACCACCGAGGCAGCCAGCACCACCGAGGCACCCAGCACCACCGAGGCACCUAGCACCACCGAGGCACCCAGCACCACCGAGAAACCAGCUACCGAUGCUCCCGGAACCACCGAGAAACCAGCCACCGAUGCUCCUGGCACCACAGAUGAGCCAGCUACUGAUGAACCCGUAACCGACGAGCCUUCGACCGACGAGCCGGCAACCGGUGAGACCAGUACCGAUGAGCCCAGCACCGAGACCACUGAUAGCGGCGACGUGACCACCAGCAAUGACGCGGAAACCACCGAGGUGGACAACGUGUGCGCCACCACCGGAAUGUUCCCAACGGAAAGCUGCACACACUUCAUCAUCUGCAGCUACGCCGAAAGCGACGAGCUGAAGGCAUACACCAAGAAGUGUCCUGGCGAGAUGCAGUUCGAUCCCUUCAACUCCGUUUGCUCCGCAGGUUAUGACUGCACUGCCAGAAAGUAA